AUUUGGCACAGGAACUGUGGUGUGGUAUUAAUAUCUGUGUGAGGAUACUGAGACUCGCAGGAGCUCACAUUACAAUCUAACAGACCUUGCUCCUUCCUUGCUAGAUUGCCACCACAGUCUUGUGCUCGCAGAUCUUCACAAAGUGCCAGAACAUUUCUCCCGGUGGAGGCACAGUGACUCACUGAAAAGAAGAUAUUCUAUUGAUCAAAACAACCUUGAGGUUAAAACUUGAUUCAUUCUGAAAAAAACACAGCGGUCAGUAGCGCAUUCAGCUCAGAUUUCAGCCGGUUUUGUAUUGCAAGAUACUGUAGCUGGUUAAAAUAGUUUUUCAUCAUUUGACAUGUGAGGACUGAUGGCAACCUACCUUUGUUCGUGAAGGCAAUUUAAUUUGUUGCUACUUUAUUUUUUCAGCUUGUUUUGAAUGGUUUUAUACAUUACAGAUUAGGGGAUUAAAACUACAAAGAAACAUUUAUUACCCAACAAAGGGAUCCACCACCAGAAGAUCACCGAAGAAGCAUACAGGCCGUUUUUGAAGCUUUUGCAGACUUCACAAGCCUGGGAUAAACCUAUGAAUUACGGCCACCCACUUGGAGCAGUGAUUUCAAAGCACUUUCCCUUUUUAUGCCUGGAUUAGAUGUGUUUUUUGCAUUGUCAUCUUGUAGUUAUCAGCUCUUCAUUUGAAAGCAGUCAUUUUCGAAGGCAUUGGAUAAGCAAACCGGUACCUUCAGUGCAGUAGCUCUCAGAAGAACAGACAUUGUUGAACUUGUGUUGUGGUAGGCAUGACUGUUUCCAGACUGGUCCCAGCUGAUGGCAUUGAGGCAGGAGUUAGAAAGGCUAAUCUGACUUCAAAAGAUAGCAACAGAACAUUUCAGCAUUACGUUUUGGAACAAUACAAGCAUGGUGGUACUAAAAAGGCUAAAUAACAUGUUGGAAAGAAACCUAAACUUUUUAAGAAAGUCCUAAAUGUUUUGAAUUAGAGAGGGAUUAUCCUAUAAUUUGGUUUAAAGGGUCAUACCGUUUUGUAAAUGUUUAAAACUACAUUUUAGACUACACCAUUUUCUAAAACAGUAGAGUGAACAGCAUUUGUUUUUUGCAAAUUCUAUGUAGUGGAAAAUUAAACUUCUGAAAAGUGGGUGCAGUGCACACUGGGAGUUUGCUUCACACACACUAAAACGAAUAAUUUUCACGUCUGGAAGGAGAAAAUUUAGUUUAAUAUGUUGAUUUUAAGGAUUUUAUAGGAUUUGGCAAAUAAAAAUGUACUGUAAAACAUGGCUUCAAGUUGUUUUGGAAUUUAAGAAGUACUGUCUUUUUUGCUGCAUAGGCGUGCUUUGAGUUUGAGAGUAAAACGUGUACUGUACUGAUUACAUGUCAUUGGAGUGCUGAAACAAACAGAUGUCCAAGAUAAGAAAUAGUGAAGUUGUCAUGAAGUGCAGUUAAAAAAUCAAUCAAUGCGAUACAAUGUUCAAAUGUUAUUACUAUGUAGGCUAUUAAAAAGGGACUGUACUCUAUAUACGGCAAGGUCUUCUUUAGAUAAGCAAUUAUUGUUUGGAAAGCUGAAGUCUAAACCUUGUGACUAUUUCCUUGGUUGGAAGAAGAAGCCGAGUUUGUCUGUUGCCAAUUUGUGUUUCUCUGACCCCUCGCAUCCUGGGACUAAUUGGAAGCACCUCUCAGUGUUUCCAAGGAAACGGCUCUUGUGUCCAGGAAAAAUGACACCUAUCCGACUUCUGAGUAUUUUAACAAAGAUAUCUGUGAAAAUCUAAGAACGUUCGGUGGGUGGGUGGUGGGGUUGCUGUGCAUCUCUGAAGAUUGCGCUAUAGAACCCGAGUACAGGAGGAGCGAGCCUCCCUCUCACUGCCUCCCUGACGAUCCUGGUUGAUGGCUGUAGCCAUGCAGGGCAAUAAUGUGGGUAGAGGGCUGGCUGUCAUUGAGUCAGAGGGACAAUAUGAACAUCCCGUGGAGAGGGCAUCCUACAGCGUGGACUUUGACUCCGUUGAUGGAGGCGGUUAUGACGUCACUAUUAACAACACUCCGGUACCCACCCCUGGGGUACAGGACUACAGGACUCAGUACAGGACCCUUCGGCAGAGCUGGGAGAUGAACUACCAGGAGGCUGCUAUAUACCUGCAGGAAGGUGCGAACAAUGACAAGUUUUUCACUCACCCCAGGAACCCCAAGGCGCUGGCCGCCUACCUGUUUGCUCACAAUCACCUGUUCUACAUGAUGGAGCUGGUGACAGGGCUGCUGCUGAUGGUGCUGUCACUGUGCGAGGCCCCUGCAGUGCCCACACUGCGCCUUGACAUCUACAUCCACACCACACUGGAGCUGCUUGCUCUGGUGAUGGUGGCGUUUGAGCUGUGUAUGAAACUGCGCUGGCUGGGCUUCCAGACCUUCAUCAGACACAAGAGGACGAUGGUCAAGACCUGUGUGCUGCUGCUGCAGUUUGUGGAGGCGAUCGUGGUGCUGGUCAGACAGUUGUCCCACAUGCGCGUGACGCGAGCCCUGAGGCCCAUCUUCCUGGUGGACUGCAGAUACUGCGGCGCAGUCCGGAGGAAUCUGCGUCAGAUUUUCCAGUCUCUUCCUCCUUUCAUUGAUAUUCUGCUACUGUUGCUGUUUUUCAUGGUUAUAUUUGCCAUUUUAGGAUUCUAUUUGUUUUCUCAAAAUCCAUCAGACCCAUAUUUCAACACUUUGGAAAACAGCAUUGUCAGUCUGUUUGUCCUCCUGACCACUGCCAAUUUUCCAGAUGUGAUGAUGCCAGCCUACUCCAGGAAUACCUGGUCCUGUGUGUUCUUCAUUGUGUAUCUGUCUAUAGAACUCUACUUCAUCAUGAACCUACUCCUUGCUGUGGUAUUCGACACCUUUAACGGAGUAGAAAAGAUGAAAUUUAAAUCCCUACUUCUGCACAAGCGAUCAGCAGUCGAUCAUGCCUUCAAGCUUCUGGUCAGCAAACAGAGGCCCACUGGGGUUUCCUUCAAGCAGUUUGACGGGCUGAUGAGGUUUUACCGGCCCCGGAUGAGUGCUAGAGACCGCUACCUGACCUUCAAGGCACUCAACCACUCCAGCACUCCAAUACUCAGCUUGCAGGAUUUCUACAGCUUCUAUGCAGUUACAGGCUUGAAAUGGAAGGCCAGAAGAAGUGGAGAGCACUGGUUUGAUGACUUCCCACACACCACUUUCCUCAUUUUCAAAGGCAUUAAUAUUCUUGUGAAAUCCAAAGCCUUCCAAUAUGCAAUGUAUGUCGUAGUUGCAGUAAAUGGAAUGUGGAUCCUGGUGCAAACAUUCAUGAUGCACGAUGGAAGCUUCUCGCCAGGAACCGUUCCCUGGAGUUACAUUUUGUUCCUCACAAUUUAUGGAGUGGAGAUGUUGUUAAAAAUCACAGGACUGGGGCCCCUUGAAUAUUUCAGCUCUGGGUGGAACCUGUUUGAUUUUUCAGUGACACUCUUCGCCUUUCUUGGCCUCAUCGUCCUGGCGUUUGAUAUGGAGCCUUUCUACUUCAUCGUGGUGCUCAGGCCUCUUCAGCUCUUGCGGCUGUUUAAAAUCAAGCUGAGGUAUCGCAAUGUUCUCGAUACCAUGUUCGAACUGCUUCCUAGAAUGGCCAGUUUGGGGCUGACCCUUCUUAUCUUCUAUUACUCCUUUGCCAUUGUGGGGAUGGAGUUCUUUGUUGGUGUCGUCUAUCCAAACUGCUGCAACACUAGCACAGUGGCAGACUCGUACCGCCUGCUCAACUACACUGUGGGGAACCGCACUGUGGUGGAGGAGGGCUACUACUAUCUUAACAACUUCAACAACAUUGUCAACAGCUUCGUAACAUUGUUUGAGCUUACUGUGGUAAACAAUUGGUAUAUCACUAUGGAAGGAGUGACGUCACAGACCUCUCACUGGAGCCGCAUGUACUUCAUGACCUUCUACAUCGUCACCAUGGUGGUGAUGACCAUAAUCGUGGCCUUCAUUCUCGACGCCUUCGUGUUCAGGAUGAACUACAGCAGAAAGAACAGGGACACUGAAGAAGAGGAGAACGGCAUUGUGUUUGAGACGGAGGUGUCGAAGGAGGAGGUAGACACUGUGCUGGAGCUCUACAAGCAGACCUGCGUUCCAGCCUCCAGCAUCUCCUCUCUGCAGGGGGUGCUCUCCGCCAUGGACAGGAAUGGGCACACCUCGUUGGUGUUCCUUGGUCGAAGAUCCAGGACGAAGAGUGAUUUAAGUAUGAGAAUGUAUGAGGAGGAGAUACAGGAGUGGUAUACAGAGUAUUCGCAGGACAGUGGCUGCCCUCGGCUGGAGAGACAGUUGGAGAGUCUGCAGUCUUCAGUCAACCAGCCCCCUCCUGAUCACGUGCGGCUGCGCUCUCAGACUGUCGGCUAGGUCAGACUGCCUGCAGCCCUCCUGCUCUGUGCAACUAACAGGGCCAAAAGAACCCACUGGGAGCACCUGGGCUGUGCUCCACCCACCCCACGUACUCUGGAUCAUUUGAUUUGUAAAUAAAACAUACUCCCGUAUACAGUAACGUCAUGCCUUCCGAGUAAAACUUUUUUCUACUGGAUUUCUACUAGCCCUGCAAAAAACCUUCCAUUACUUCAUAAUGUAGCGUGCACACGAUUAGGGGACUGUGCCUUGGGGGGGGGGGGACCUGGAGGAGAGGAACUGAAGACUUGCAUUGCAGAAUGGUGGAGAAGCUUCACCACAGAAGCAGUGUCCUAAUGGAUUUCAUCCAGUGUACUUCAUCGUCACAACCAGGCCUGUUCUCACAAGAGAAGACUUCAGUACUGGGUAGAAAAGCCAUCUGUCCUCCACAUCCCCUUGAUUUAGUUCAGUUUUCUGUAAUUGCUGUUUCGUAGUGCUUUGGCAUUAGGGGCCUUUCUCAUAUGCCUUGCCUGCAGAUGAGAUCAUACUGAGGACCAUAGUUGGUAUUUUAUUAAUGCAACUAGAGGGUUUAAUCUUAAUCACAUAUUUCAUUACUUCCAUAUGAUAUGGAAUUAUAGUAAUAGUGAACCCUAAAAAUAUUAAGUAAAAUAAACCUCUAAAACAUCACACAAUCACAGAUGUUUAAUUAAUGCAGCAUUUCAGACAACAGUAUUCAAACUAUUCAAAAAUGUGAACCAGGAGGGGCCGUGUUGAUGCUAGAUAUUGUUGUUCAGAUGCUUCACUUUUAGUUUUUAUUAAGAAGUUUGAAUUAUUUUUAAAAACACUAUGCAGACAAUGGCACUAUGCAAAAUAACAAUCUAAUAGAACACCUUAAAGGGGUGAUGACCAAGGCUUUCAAAGACAUUCUUGCCUUUCAUUGCAACAACAUGCUUUCAUGGCCUUUGCUGUUUUGCUCUUGUUUUCCAGACCUUUCUUGUUGAAGCUCAUUUAUCCUCGUUCGAUUGAACUUUCCUCAUCUGGCCCACAUCAUUUCCUAUGUGCAGCAUAGAAAUUAGGACCUUAUUUUUACCCACAAAUUGGUUAAAUCAAACCCAUCAAUACUAAAAAAACAUCUAUCCAGUUUGAGAAGUAAAAUUGUAUGCAGUUUAGAUGCAACACAAUUAAAAAGUGUUUUAAUUUCUCAGUAUUAGUUAUUAAUUCUAACACCUGAAUCUUUGUAAUUGUUGUUCUCUUGUCCAUCAACAUUUUUAAUACACAAAUAAACGAAGAGCUUCCCUGAGA